AUGUUUUUCAAGAAACCGGCCAACGAGCACGGGCAUCAUAGAGUAGAGACGUUCAGGAUGGAGGAUGAAGAGUACUUCAAUGGACAUGCACGCACGAUCAAGAAGGCCAAAUCGAAGUUGUCAGGCAUUAAUUUAGCAUACCGUUUCGCAUAUUCACAUGUGUUACAAGACGACCAGUUAGAGGAAUGGAAAUUGAAGUUGGCAGCCACGCAAUUGGACCUAGACUCGCUGGACACUUAG